GCAGUAUUUGCAUAGUCUUGAAGUAGAUCUUCAUUCGACCAGAGUAUUCUCCUAAAAUGAAGUUGAUAAUCGUGUUGGCCCUGGUGGCACUGGCCGCGGCUCAGGUUCCUUUUACCAACAAGUACGACCACAUCAACGUGGAGGAGAUUCUGAUGUCGGACCGUCUCUUCAAGAACUACUUCAACUGCCUGAUCGACGAGGGUGCAUGCACGCCGGAAGCUUCCGAGCUGAAGGAAAAAUUGCCGGAAGCUUUGGAGAACAACUGUGAGCUGUGCACGGAGAAGCAGAAGGAUACCUCAGUCAAGGUUAUCCGGUAUCUCAUUGAUAAGCGUCCGGUGGAGUGGGGUGUGCUGAAGACCAAGUUCGACCCAAACAACAAAUUCGUCGACCGUUACCGUGAAGAAGCCGAGGCGGCCGGUAUUAAGCUGUAAGGAUUCGAUUUUGUGACAACUCCUGUUUGACCCUUUUUAUAUGACCGAAAGAAGCACCUGAAUAAAGAUUUCAACAACUGCAUCGUGAAGGUCUUUGUAGACCAAA